UAAACUAAACUGACUCUCAGUAAAGACGCAACCAUGACACGAAAGGUUGUUUGUUUGGUGUUCGUCUGGGGCUUUGUCGCUUCGAGUUUCGCGCAAGUUCAAAGACGAACUACUACGAGAGAUCCUGUGAAAUUUUUCUUUAACAAUGAACAAUUCUCCGAAAAUGAUCAAUUUUCUGAAAGUAAUAAAUUUUUCGAAAGCGAUUGUGCAGGACCUGAGAACGAAUGCGUUGAGAAGUGUGAAGAAAAGAACAUCGUUUACAGCAAUUGUGAUAACCUGGCUCAUUCCUGUUGCAAAAAAGAUAAUUCCGGGAGUAUCUUUUUCCCAACUAGAAAGCCGGUUACCAAAUCACCACCAACAGUUCGGGAAGUUCUGACAAGGCCAACAACAUCACGGACAACGACUACUACAACGGAGUUUCCCUCAUAUGAGGAGGAUGAAUUGGCCACAGAUUGUGGGAUUCGAAACCCAAAUGAUAAUUCUCCAGAAUAUCCGGAAACCACGCCGGGGAUGUUUCCGUGGAAUGUUGGCAUUUUUACCAUCAGCGAGAAUCUGGUGAACCCAUCAUUACCUAAACAAAAUAUUUUUCAAUGUGCUGGAACCCUAAUAGAUGACUACAUGGUUUUAACGGCAGCCAGUUGUCUUCGAAGGAAAUCAUUCAACGAAUUAUACGUAUUUGCUGGCUUGUGGGACUCAUCUAACCCCAAAGAAAGACGUCAGAUAUCACAAGUAAAAAAUGCUAUCAAACAUCCUGGAUAUGUUUCAUCGAACCCGACCAAUGACAUUGCACUGUUGAUCCUGGAAACCCCGAUCAACUUUUCGUCAAGGAUAAAUCGUAUUUGUUUACCUGAAGCGAUAAAUGGCACUUCCUGGAAGGAUUGCUUUGCCACAGGGUGGGGACCGACUUUGGAGGAAGCACAAUCCCUAAGUGUUCGAUCUACGCUGAAAAUGACCGUUGAGCACACACCGAUGGAACAUACGGAAUGUGAAAAAGUUAUCCGGAAAAGAUUGCAGCGUAAAUUUCAAUUACAUUCAAGUUUUCUAUGCACCGAAAACUCAGAACAAACCUUUCUAUGUGAACCUGGAGACCUCGGAUCUCCUUUGAUUUGUCCCGUUCCAGGGCGAAGGGAUCAGUUUUAUCUUGUUGGCGUUUUCGCUUUAAGUUCGUGUAGGGAAAGACGUUUGCCAAAUUUAUUCGUCGAUGUGGUCCAAUUAAGACUGUGGAUUGAUGAUAUUAUGAAUCAGGAAGGUCGGAACUAUAAUAGUUAUAUACCCCAGCCAUUGGAAGAAGAGCAGGAGACAAUUGACAAUUAAAAAUAA